UUGCAACAACGAUUGAAAGGUUAAGUCAGGAGGUUAAGAGUGACACGAUGUUUACGAUUACAGAGAUGGACACAUCUUCGCCUGCUUUUGCUUUUCUAUCCUAUUCAUGAAAAAUAUGUAAAAGGGCAGUGUGAAAAGAGAGAAGGAAAGAACACGAAUUCGAAUUUAGGACAGCUUUGUUCUAUAGUCGUCUAUAUAGAGAAGAGAGGUUAGAUUUUUUUGCAACGCAAACUAACCUCGUUCUAAAACUUGUAGUGAUUACAAUAGGUUAAAAUGUCAAAAGUUGUGGAAAAGUUGACGAUAAAUUCGCAAGAGUCGAGUGAAGCCGAGAGUAUCGAAAAAUGCAAGAAUUGUGGAAAAGCUUGCGAUCCUUACGAUAAACCAACAUUGCGUUGUAGCGGCGGAUGCGACAAAAGGAUACACAUGGCCUGUUUAAAAAGAGGCACCGUACCAAUUUCUUUCGUAGGAGAUGUUUUUUUCGAACUUAAUUGUGCCUCUUGCAGUCCACUAGGCGAGGAAACGGUUGUACGCGAUAGAAUGCCAUGGCUCAAUGUCAUUGUCUUGACGCUUUACAAUCUGCGUGAAAAGUCGAGCGGCAUUAGUAGAAGAGGGUAUUUUCAUUGGAAGUCGGAUAUCACUACUUUUGUGGAUAGAAAUUGGGAUUUCUUAUUUAAGAAGACUGUGAAAAGGAAGAAAAAUUGGAUCGGCACCAUAUCUGGUACAUUGUCCCAUUACAGUGGCAUCUUUUUCAAAUCUGGCACCAAUGAAUUAGGAGAGUCUGGAUGGUGGAAGCUAUUGGGCAGUGAUCCUCCUGAAAUUUUGAUCGCCAAAAAUAAUAAAAUGCUAAUGGAUAGAAAAAAACACGUCGGUGCAAAAUUACCUUGCAAGCCAUUGGACAGUCCUGCGCCCUCAGAUUCCAGUCUCUCGAUCGGAGAAGAUAGCAACUGUAGUGGAGAAUUAUUUAAACAUAAAGGUUCCUCAAUGUAUUCCCAUGCGUACGUUCAACCUACAGAGACACUAUCUGAUUUUUUAUUGGAAGAAGAUGAGCCAAAUGAUAUUGAACUCGAGGAUGAUUUAAUGUUGCGCGACGAGAACGAUGUUGCAUCUAUAUCUGAUUUAAUACGCGACUGUCAAUAUGAAAGCAACAAUUUUCAUUUGGCACAGCUAAUGGAUAACUGCGACUGGUUAUGUAAUACGAGUACAUUCUCGCUAAAUUGUAGUGGCGACGAAAUUAAAAGAAUUAAGGAAGAGGAAUAUGAGGAAGAUGGUAAUCAUAGUCCCAUUUCCACACAAGAACAACCUCCUGUUUCUUUAUUUAAGGAAACAAAGCGCCGCCAACGACCUUGGUCUAAAUCGUUUGUUACCAAUGAAAAAAUACCACGCAUGACUCGUCAAGAAGAAGCAUAUUUAUUGCAAAGGAUCAGUAAGACUAAUCUUGACCAAGCCCCGCCCGCUAUUAGGAGAUUGUACAGAAAAUUAGCAGUGCGAAAAACGAAAAGAGAAUAUCGGCUUCCUCUGUUGGACGUUGAUUGUUCCGAAUCUAAAUCGGGGGCUUUCGUGACACCAUUGAGGAACAACGAUCGGGUGUUGGAUCGAUUUUUUAGUGAUGAUCUAGGAUGUAUUUUCGAACAGAGAUUGCAGGGUAACAACGAACCUACAUCUGUACACAGCCCAUACACGAAUAGACUUUUGAAGCCAUUUAUAAGGCGAGAUACUUGUUGUCAGCCGUUAUGGUUAAGAAUCAUGGAUGAAUUAUGUAUGAAAGUAAACGGAGAUGAUCCACAAUGGAAACCGUCGUCCAGAGCAUCCAUCGAUUAUUCUUACAUCAGACCGCAACAUGUUCCGGCAAUCAACAGUCUCUGUUGUCAAUUUUUUUGGCCUGGUAUAGAUUUGACCGAAUGUUUGCAGUAUCCAGACUUUACGUGCGUAGUACUGUAUAAAAAAUUGGUCGUAGGUUUCGCGAUACUAGUACCAUACGUUGGCUACAACGAAGCCUACAUCUCAUUUCUUUUAACACGUCCGGAAUGGCGAAAGUCUGGCAUCGGCACCUUCAUGUUGUACCACUUGAUACAAACCUGCAUGGGACAAGAUGUUACGUUACAUGUAUCGGCCACGAAUCCUGCUUUGAUAUUAUAUCAAAAGUUUGGUUUCAAAGUGGAAGAGUUUGUUCAGGAUUUUUAUGACAAAUAUAUGCCGUCGAAUUCGCGAGAAUGUAAACAUGCUCUGUUUUUACGGUUAAGCAGAUAAUCUUGAUUAAUAAAUUGUGGUUGAACUCGA